GACAUCAUCCUGCAGGAAGUGACAUCAUUUAUUGGAGGGAAACCAGCAGCACAAACAUCAGAGCAGCAGUGUGAGGAGUGAGAUCUGUCAUCAUGGAUUUCCAGCACAGAGCUGGAGGGAAAACCGGCAGCGGUGGCGUCGCCUCGUCGUCCGAAAGCAACCGAGACCGGCGUGAGCGUCUGCGCCAGCUGGCCUUAGAGACCAUAGACAUCAACAAAGACCCGUACUUCAUGAAAAACCACUUGGGCUCUUAUGAGUGUAAACUGUGUCUCACGCUGCACAAUAAUGAGGGAAGUUACCUCGCUCACACGCAGGGCAAAAAGCAUCAGACUAACUUAGCAAGACGAGCUGCAAAAGAGGCGAAGGAUGCGCCGGCUCAACCCGCUCCAGAGAAAGUCAAGGUUGAGGUGAAGAAGUUUGUCAAGAUUGGCAGACCGGGUUAUAAAGUUGAAUGUUUUUCUUGUGAUUUUGAUCAGCGAACCUUCAUUCACAUAAUAAAUGCUGUCCUUGUGUUCCAGAUUGAUUACCCAGAGAUAGCAGAAGGUAUCGGGCCGAGGCAUCGCUUCAUGUCAGCGUAUGAGCAGAGAAUCGAACCUCCGGACCGUCGCUGGCAGUAUCUGCUGUUCGCAGCCGAGCCGUAUGAAACCAUCGCGUUCAAGGUUCCCAGUCGAGAGAUCGACAAAGCAGAGACUCGUUUUUGGACACACUGGAACAGGGAGACGAAACAAUUUUUUCUGCAGUUUCACUUUAAGAUGGAGAAAUCUCUGCCCGCUCCACCGGGUCAGGCGGUGUCGGUCGGUGUGAAGCGUCCACCUUUGCUCAUCACCGGACUCGGUCCACAUCCGCACAGUGACUCCAUGCCCCCCCCACCGCCGGGAGGAAUACAUGGGAUGCCCCCCGGAGCCCACAUGUUGCCCCACAUGCGCCCACAUAUGCCUCCUCCAGGAGCCCUGCCUCCUCACCUGAGGCCACCACUCCCUCACGACGGCUGAAGGAGUUACGCUUUACUUGAAGGUUUUAUAGAUAAUGCAUUAAUAAAAGUAUUUGAAUGCAUUCACCUUAUAAUGCAUGUGGGUCAAAGAUGUUAAGAUUGAGAAAAGAAAUUGACAAAAGU